AUGAUUAUCGGCGGCGGUGGUGACACUUCUAUCAACAACGUGAAGUUUACCACAACCCAUAAGUUCAAACGGUCGAUCACUCACGAACAGUAUGACGAACUCGAAGAAAAUACAGAUGUGAGACGCAUUAUGGUAGACGACAGGAGCGGCGCGUGCAUUAUCCACCCUCGAGUACUUGCACAAAUGAAACUUGAGGAUAAGAUAGUGCCGCGUUGCAUCACAAUAACAGGUUUUAACAAUGCAGUUGAGCGAACAUCUAGAGAAAUCACACUCCCCGUCCUGGCUAGCGGCGUCACUUUGGAAACUACAUUCCAUAUCAUGGACCAGGACACAGCAUACAAUGCCAUAAUAGGGCGACCAUGGAUACACGUCAUGAGAGCCAUCCCCCCGGCUUGCACCAAGUCAUCAAAUUUCCAGCUCCAUGUGGGAAUAUUCAGUAUACGAGUAAAACAAUGCACAUCACGGCAAUGUUACCGCAUCACCCUUGAUUGUACGAUCACUCAACAAAUGAAAGGCAAAGCAAAAGAGGCAUAG